CCAGAAUGUAAAAGCAGGGGAAGGAGCAUAUCAGAGAGGCCAUGAACUCAUGUGGCUUCCUCCAGCAUCAUGGGUUUUCAUGACAUUGAGUCAAGGUCUCAGUUCCUUGAUUUAAUGAUCAUGUAUAAUGCGGGCAUCUGUGAGGGCAUCUGGGGAGAGCACAGGCCAAUCAGAGAUGCAGGUCACGGCCAAACUCCUGAGGGAUUUGGGAGCGAGAACCGAUGCAGACUCACUGCUGGGAAGAGAGGGAAUGUGUCCCGGCGGAUGGGGCACGGACAAGGGUGUGUUGAGCAGGGAAAACCUAUUUGGACAAUAAUCCAGGCUGCAGAACAACUGUCGCCAUCAAGGCAAAGAAGCCAGAGGCAUUCAAGAGGCAAAAUAGUGGAGGUGUUAGGAAUAGACUCUGGAGCCAGCUUCGCUGCUUGCUGGCUGUGUGACUUCGGAUAACUUACCUCCCGGGCCUCAGCAUCCUCAUCUAUACAAUGGAGGCAAUAAUAGUUCCUGCCCCUUGUGUCUGCAGUGUGAUGAGUUGUGUUUGUGACAAUAGAUUCUUUCUUUCCUAAUAGCGUAUGUCAAAUGCUUAGAAUGGAGAUAAGAAAGUGCCAUGGCUAUUAUUACAAUUACAGGGAUUUCUUUAGUAGAAGGACCACAUUUUCUGCGAGUGCUCACGCAGGAGCCAGCCUCGUCCCCAGUGAGUUGACAUUCAAGUGCAAUCAUAUGACAAGUCUGUUCUCUACUUGGAAAUGGCAAUAUUGUUUCAAUAGAGGGCAGUGGCCCACAGCGUAUCUCUCUAGCGCCUUCAAAUGGAAACUGCCAACAAGGCCAGCUUCCUGACCUGGUGGGGACUCAGGACCACGGAGGUUCAGCCCUUGUGUUAGGUUCCCUCUUCCCAGGGAAAAUGUGGGUGUAUCCGGAUUCACAGUUCUCUCUUUUAACUUUGAGGAAUUCAAUGAUCUUCUCAUUUAAAAAAUAAUAAUACUAAUGGCUGCGGUUCGUGGAGUCACCUCUAAGUGGCAGUCAGUGACCAACAUCCCAUCUCCGCCAUUCAAGUCUGCAAGGCCUUUGCCUCCCAUUUCAAAGCUGAGGACCCUAAGGCUCAAGUGUCAUCAGAAUUUGCCUAAAUGACAGGAUUCCCUGGAGCAUAAAAAUCUGAGCCGUGGGCAGUGGUGCUCAAUCUUGCUGUACCUGGAAUCAUUGGAGGACGGCCCAUAACUAGGCAAGGAUGGAUGUCUCUUGUAUGUUGACUCUGAUGAAUCUUCCAACCCAUGAAAAUGGACAAUGGAGAGCCACCAGCCAAUGUCAUUACACACCUCAGAUUGACUAAAGCAUCUUAAAGUAUCAAAUGCAUGGAUGGUCACCCAGAACCUUGCCUUUAUAUUCUCAGUGUCUAGAUGGAGCCCUCAGGCAUCCCAGAGUCCACCACCCCUUAUGAUUAUGAUUCGCAGAGCCUUUUGUGUGAGACUCAGACCUUCACCUUUGCGACCUUCAACACCACCAUCCUGUACUGCCUGGUGUUCUUCCUCAGCCUGGUGGGCAACAGUCUGGUGUUGUGGGUCCUGGUGAAGUAUGAGAGCCUGGAGUCCCUCACCAAUGUCUUCAUCCUCAACCUGUGCCUCUCAGACCUGGUGUUCUCCUUCCUGUUGCCUCUGUGGGCCUUGGUGUACCACUGGGGCUGGGUGCUGGGAGACUUCUUCUGCAAGCUCUCCAACAUGAUCUUCUCCAUCAGCCUCUCCAGCAGCAUCUUCUUCCUGACCAUCAUGACCAUCCAUCGCUACCUGUCUGUGGUGAGCCCCCUCUCGUCCCUGAGAGUCUACACCCUCCAAUGCCGCGUGUUGAUGACCACAGCUGUGUGGGCCGUCAGCAUCCUGUCCUCCAUCCCCGAUGCCAUCUUCCACAAAGUGUUUGAUCCUCCAGAAUAUUCAUCAGAACCUUCGAAAUGUGAUUAUUCAGAACUCAAGUGGUACCUGGCCUCCGUCUACCAGCACAUUGUCUUCUUUCUGCUCUCCAUGGCGAUUAUCCUGUUCUGCUACGUGGAGAUUCUCAGGACUCUGUUCCGCUCGCGGUCCAAACGGCACCACCGGACAGUCAGGCUCAUCCUCACCAUUGUGCUGGCACACUUCAUCAGCUGGGCUCCCUACAACCUCAUCCUGUUCCUGCAAACACUGUUGAAACUUAAGAUCAUUCAGAGCUGCAAGGCCUACUGGCAGCUGGAUUAUGCCUUGCUCAUCUGCCGUGAUUUUGCCUUCUCCCACUGCUGCUUCAACCCAGUGCUCUAUGUCUUUGUCGGGGUCAAGUUCCGCAGACACCUCAAAAGUCUGCUCCGGCACUCCGGGCUCUGCCGGUCACAGACGCCCAGCCUUCCCCCGUUACCUCACUCCCCAGGUGCUUUCCACUCUGAGGGCGCCUCCUUCUAUUGAAAGGGAGUUUGGCACUGCAGGUUGAGAUGGACAGAAGAGAUGGAGGGGGAGCAAAGAGAAGUGGUACAAGAAAGAGCAUUGCAGAAGGCACAACACUGGGGAUGCUACGGCUGCAGGGGUGGGAGAUGAAAGAAAUACGUUAUACCAGGAGGUCCUACUGCAGAAAA